UGCCUCACACAUACACACACACUGCCCCAGUCAUGAACUAGUAAAGGUGCAGGAGUCACUACUACUUGGCUUGGAUAAGGAAUGUAAAUGUCUGAGGACAAGGAAGCCCAGGAGGAUGAGUUGCUUGCUUUGACAAGUAUUUAUGAUGAAGACGAGUUUCACCGGGCGGAGUCGGCUCAGGGGGGAGAGAUACAACUCCUCCUGGAGCUCCCCCCUGACUUCAAAGUUGUUGUCAAAGGAGAAAGGGAGAUGGAAUAUAACAUCUGCUUCUUACCUCAUUUGGUUCUGAACUUUGAGCUUCCUGCAGACUAUCCAUCCACAUCCUCUCCAGUCUUCACCCUCAGCUCUAAAUGGAUGACCAGAACACAGAUGAGUGCUCUGUGCAGACGCCUGGAUGAGCUUUGGGAGGAGAACCAAGGCUGUGUGAUUCUCUUCACAUGGAUCCAGCUUCUCAAAGAGGAGGCUCUAAACUUCCUGGGAAUCCAAUCUCCUCUUGAAGUCAUCAGAGCAGGAAGUAAGACAGGUGGUGAGCGCAGGAAAAUCAACCCAGCAGCCACAGCUGUGGCGCAAUGUGGGAGUACGUCUGAAAACUCAGAGGAGAAUAAAAUAGAAAUGAAGAAGAAAAAGUCGGAUCUGAAUUUGUCUUCAACUUCUCAUCUGGACCCGAGGGCUGUCCUGUUGAUGGACCCACGUGCCGACCUCCUACCUCAGCUCCUGGACUUUGAUGAGGCACAGCGCCAGAGAGUGUUUGACGGCAAGGUGUUCUGCUGUGGGAUUUGCUUUGUGGAGAAGCUGGGCUCCAACUGCCUCUGCUUUAAGGAAUGCCAGCAUGUCUACUGCAAGGCCUGCAUGACUGAAUACUUCCAGAUCCAAAUACGAGAUGGCAACGUUCAGUGCCUUAACUGCCCUGAGCCCAGAUGUACCUCCUUAGCCACACCUCUGCAGGUGAAGCAGCUGGUGGAUGAGGAGCUGUUUGCCCGUUAUGAUCGCUUGCUGCUUCAAUCCAGUCUGGACCUCAUGGCUGAUGUGGUCUACUGUCCCCGCCAGCACUGUGGCACUGCUGUUAUGGUAGAGCCGGACACGACCAUGGGCAUUUGCUCUGCCUGCCAAUAUGCUUUUUGCACUCUGUGCAAACUGGGCUAUCAUGGUCUCUCCAACUGCAAAAUCCCUGCAGAUGAAUUACGUAACCUCCGAGACGAGUACCUGUCGGCCUCAAACGAGGGGCAAAAGUUCAUGGAGCAACGCUUUGGGAAGAGGGUUAUCCAGAAAGCAGUGGAAGAAUCCUUUAGCAGAGACUGGCUCAAUGAGAACUGCAAAUCCUGCCCUCGCUGUGGAACCAAUAUUCAGAAAGCAGAUGGCUGUAACAAGAUGACCUGUACCUCUUGUAGACAAUACUUCUGUUGGCUGUGUCAGGGCCUGCUCAGCAAAGUCAACCCAUACAGUCACUAUAAUAACCCCAACUCGCCGUGUUACAGCCAACUCUUUCAGGGUGUGGAUCUUGAAGAAGAAGAUGCCUUCUGGAGCGAUGAGGAGGACUGACUGCAGUGCAGAGCCUUACAGCUGUAUGCUCCAUCUCAAUGCACUUUAUCUCACAUUACCAUCACCUUAACUCUGGCUCUCACUACAUGUCUUUUUACACAGCUGUGUACCAAUGUUAGCGUUUUUCAACACUUGAAAGACAGCUUUUGGUAUGAAACAUAAAUGGCAGAUUUCGCGUAUAUCAAAGAAUCAGGAAAGGAAAGAUUUAUCUUUAAUCUCAAAAGGAAUAGAACAAGAAAGCAGUGGUAAUAGUAGUAAAAGUAAACCCCUUCAAAUAUUUAUCGAAGCAUUCAGCAACGUCUUUGCCUGACUUAGAAAGUCACAUCAAAACAAGGAAAAAGAAAAAUUAACUUUAAAUAAACUUGAGUGUGAAUAAUGAAAUAUAUUUUUAUGAUCCAAUAAAAGGAUCAUACACAUGCAAUAAUGAUACAGAAUAAAACGAAGGAUAAGAUUCGUUACUCCACUUUGAUUUCAUAACUUCUUGGGUUUUGUUGUUUGUUACAGUUUUAGGAAGCUUUUCCUGACUCACAGUGCUCUGUACAAAGUGUUGUUAUGAUGAGUUCAUUCAAACACAUUUUGUGAAGGUCUUAUGAGAAAAGCCAGGUGGGUUAAGAAGUGGAAUUUAAUGAGAUUGGUUGUGGGAAAUGGGUUCAUAAUGAGUUCUAGUAUCAUGCAUAUAGCAGAUCCUCUGAUUGGGUAAUGGGGAUUGGAAUCAUGGUGUGUUUUUGUUCGGGACUUCGGUGCGAGGUAACAGCUCGAUAACAGCCAACGGGCUGGAUUUAUUCAAAACCUGCUUUUUACAACUCAUCUUUUCAUUUGGUUGCCAAACAUCAGUGUCAAGGAAAGGACAAAGAGUAUCUUGAUCAUGUCUAGAAAUACAAAAAAUAUUUUGUAUAAUGUUUGUUAAACAUGUAUAAUUUAUUGUUUUUCUCUCUUGCGUUUGUUCACAAAGGGAGCAGAUGAUGCAAGCAGUUCUAUUUGAACAGAACUAGGUGGACUUAAUCACUGAUUUUCUCCUCACCGAUUCCAAAAACUGUCUCGAAAUAAAUGUUACAACAUAGAA